AGAGCCCUCUACAGGGAGGUCAUGCAGGAGAACUAUGCCACUGUGGCCUCACUGGGGUUUCCAGUUUCCAAACCUGAUGUGAUCUCCCAGCUGGAACGAGGGGAAGAGCUGUGGAUCCAAGAUGUCCAGGGCUCUGAAGAAAGAGAGCUCCAGAAAGGUGCCCAGAUAGGAGAUGGGAUGCUGAUUGAGAACGAGGAGAAGAGUCCCCACCAGGAAGAUGCUGAGCAAGUAGAACGACAUGGGACAUUAGCAGGAAGAUCCAAAGGGAAAGUUUCUUGGAGUUGUGCAGAGGCAGAAGCCUGUGAGAGUCAGCAUAGGCCAGAGAAAAGCUUCUGUAGCGGCUCCGAUGUUAUUAGACGUGAAAGAAUGAACAUGGGAGAGAGACCCUACACAUGCCUUGAGUGUGGAAAAAGUUUUAGUCAAAGCUCAAACCUCAUCACACAUCAGAUAAUCCACACAGGAGAACGGCCCUACAUGUGUUCUGAGUGCAGGAAAAGCUUCAGUAGGCGCUCGGACCUGAUCAAACAUCAGAGAGUCCACACAGGAGAGCGACCCUACAUGUGCUCUGAGUGUGGGAAAAGCUUCAGCCAGAGCUCAAGCCUCAACAAACAUCAGAGAAUCCACACAGGAGAGCGUCUCUACACGUGCCUAGAGUGCGGGAAAAGCUUUAUAAACAGAUCACAUCUUCUCGCACAUCAGAGAAUCCACACAGGAGAGCGACCCUAUAUGUGCUCUGAGUGCGGGAACAGCUUCAAACUCCGCUCUCACCUCAUCACACAUCUGAGAGUGCACACAGGAGAGCGACCCUAUACAUGCCUUCAGUGCGGGAAAAGCUUCAGCCAGAGGUCACAGCUUACCACACAUCAGAGAAUCCACACGGGAGAGCGACCGUACACAUGCUCUGAGUGUGGGAAAAGCUUCAAACACAAGUCACACAUGUUGGCACAUCAAAGAAUCCACACUGGGGAGACACCCUACACAUGCCCUGAGUGUGGGAAAAGGUUUAGUGGGAGCUCAACAUUCAGCAUACAUCAGAGAAUUCACACGGGCGAGAGACCCUACUCGUGCUCUGAGUGUGGGAAAAGCUUUUGUUGGAGCUCAGCUUUUAUAAAACAUAAGAAAAUCCACACAGGAGAUGGGAUGCUGAGUGAGAACGAGGAGAAGAGUCCCCACCAGGAAGAUGCUGAGCAAGUAGAACGACAUGGGAUAUUAGCAGGAAGAUCCAAAGAGAAAAUUUCUUGGAGCUGUGCAAAGGCAAAAGCCUGUGAGAGUCAGCAAAGGCCAGAGAAAAGCUACAGUAGCAGCUCAGAUGUUAUUAGACAUGAAAGAAUGAGCAUGGGAGAGAGACCUUACAAAUGCCUAGAGUGCGGGAAAAGCUUCAGAUUGAGCACACACCUUAUCGCACAUCAGAUAAUCCACACAGGAGAACGACCCUACACGUGCUGUGAGUGCAGGAAAAGCUUCAGUCGGCGCUCAGACCUGAUCAAACAUCAGCGAGUCCACACAGGAGAGCGACCCUACAAGUGCUCCGAGUGUGGGAAAAGCUUCAGCCAGAGCUCAACCCUCAACAAACAUCAGAGAAUCCACAUGCGAGAGAGAUCCUUCACAUGCCCCUGAGUGAGGGGAAAGUUUUAGACAGGACUCAGCCUUUAUGAGACAUAAGAGAACCUACACAGGCGAAUAAUGCCAUAAAUGUCUUGACUCGGGCUGGCCAAAGAUUUUUUGUAAAAUACAUUAGCUAAUUCCCACAUUAUUUGCACCAGUUUCUUCAGUGGGAUCUCUCAGCUCCAUGUGAGUUGCAUGUCUGUCUUUCACACCUCCCCCUUCUUUGUGGUGAAUCCCAUGAUUAAGGCUACGAUUUAGUCAUGGGUAUUUUUACUAAAAGUUAUGGACAGGUCAUGAGCAAUAAACAAAAAUUCAUGGCCUGUGACCUGCCCAUGACUUGUACUAUAAAUACCCCUGACUAAAUCUUAGGUGCUGGGGGAGGCUUCCAGAGUGCUGCAGGGGCUGGUGUGAGGGGAUCUCCAGGGCACUGCAGGUGCUGGGGGGGGGGCCUCUGAGGCACUGCAGGUGCUGGGGAGGAGGCUUCCAG